UAAUCAGCAAGGAAGGGCCGCAGACACAGCCAAGCAACUUACACUUCGGAACCAGAAGACAUAAUGCGCGCAUCACCAUUCUUCCUGGCGGUUGCCCUCAGCGCCGCGGUUGCGGAAUUAGAAGACAGUUGCCUAGCCUGCAUGUGUUACGUAUCCAGUGAUGGUUGCGUCAUGCCAGAUGAAGUGUGUAGAACCACAUCAUGGUCAGAAGUGUGUGGACCCUGGGCCGUUACCAAACCUUACUGGGAAGACGCACAUAAACCAGGAGGAGAAUUUUACACUUGCAUGGGUGACUGGGACUGCAACGAGCAGACCGUCCGGGCUUACCUGGACAGGUACGUAAGUAAUCCUUACGCCAGCUGCGAGACCUACGCCCGCACGCACUACGGAGGGCCGUGGGGGAUGAAUGAGGACUACGCGACCGAUUACUGGCUACAGGUCAAGGACUGCCUAGACUACGGGCUUUUCACACCACCUCCAAGUGUAGAGUGAAAUACCUCGUGUUUAUAGCCCAAGAAAGCUAAGCUGCCGAAUGUGGUCGCAGCAAAGACUGGAAAAAUAAAUCUCCAAAACAAUA